AUGUUGGUAGGAUUUCUCCUAGUUUGUGUAACAGUGCUGGCAAAGCACAACGAGAAGACCGCGCAGUGCGACGAUGGUAAUGGCUACCAGCUCCAGGGCGACGCGUGCGUCAAGGGACAGGCCAACGCGUGCCCGACGCUGGAAGGGGCCGGGUGCGAGACGUGCGACUUGAGCGGCGGGGAAACCUGUCUUACAUGCAAGGAUAAAGCGCAAUACGUCGCGGCCAACAAGAAGAGCUGCAAGGCCGCCUGCACUGCCCCGGAAGAGGUAAUAGACCCGGCUGCCGGCUCGGCGAAGGCCUGCAAGUGCGACGAUGGUAAUGGCUACCAGCUCCAGGGCGACGCGUGCGUCAAGGGACAGGCCAACGCGUGCCCGACGCUGGAAGGGGCCGGGUGCGAGACGUGCGACUUGAGCGGCGGGGAAACCUGUCUUACAUGCAAGGAUAAAGCGCAAUACGUCGCGGCCAACAAGAAGAGCUGCAAGGCCGCCUGCACUGCCCCGGAAGAGGUAAUAGACCCGGCUGCCGGCUCGGCGAAGGCCUGCAAGUGCGACGAUGGUAAUGGCUACCAGCUCCAGGGCGACGCGUGCGUCAAGGGACAGGCCAACGCGUGCCCGACGCUGGAAGGGGCCGGGUGCGAGACGUGCGACUUGAGCGGCGGGGAAACCUGUCUUACAUGCAAGGAUAAAGCGCAAUACGUCGCGGCCAACAAGAAGAGCUGCAAGGCCGCCUGCACUGCCCCGGAAGAGGUAAUAGACCCGGCUGCCGGCUCGGCGAAGGCCUGCAAGUGCGACGAUGGUAAUGGCUACCAGCUCCAGGGCGACGCGUGCGUCAAGGGACAGGCCAACGCGUGCCCGACGCUGGAAGGGGCCGGGUGCGAGACGUGCGACUUGAGCGGCGGGGAAACCUGUCUUACAUGCAAGGAUAAAGCGCAAUACGUCGCGGCCAACAAGAAGAGCUGCAAGGCCGCCUGCACUGCCCCGGAAGAGGUAAUAGACCCGGCUGCCGGCUCGGCGAAGGCCUGCAAGUGCGACGAUGGUAAUGGCUACCAGCUCCAGGGCGACGCGUGCGUCCAAGCGUGGACUGAGCGGGGGCGCACAGCGGCGCAUACGUCGCGGCCCGGAGCCGGCCCUGGGAAGAGGUGCCGGCCGGCGGGUGGUGCCGAUGGAAGGACCGUGGCGACCUGUCAGGACAGGCCGGGCCGGGGGGGGGGGGCGGACGGCGGCGGGGAAACCUGUCUUACAUGCAAGGAUAAAGCGCAAUACGUCGCGGCCAACAAGAAGAGCUGCAAGGCCGCCUGCACUGCCCCGGAAGAGGUAAUAGACCCGGCUGCCGGCUCGGCGAAGGCCUGCAAGUGCGACGAUGGUAAUGGCUACCAGCUCCAGGGCGACGCGUGCGUCAAGGGACAGGCCAACGCGUGCCCGACGCUGGAAGGGGCCGGGUGCGAGACGUGCGACUUGAGCGGCGGGGAAACCUGUCUUACAUGCAAGGAUAAAGCGCAAUACGUCGCGGCCAACAAGAAGAGCUGCAAGGCCGCCUGCACUGCCCCGGAAGAGGUAAUAGACCCGGCUGCCGGCUCGGCGAAGGCCUGCAAGUGCGACGAUGGUAAUGGCUACCAGCUCCAGGGCGACGCGUGCGUCAAGGGACAGGCCAACGCGUGCCCGACGCUGGAAGGGGCCGGGUGCGAGACGUGCGACUUGAGCGGCGGGGAAACCUGUCUUACAUGCAAGGAUAAAGCGCAAUACGUCGCGGCCAACAAGAAGAGCUGCAAGGCCGCCUGCACUGCCCCGGAAGAGGUAAUAGACCCGGCUGCCGGCUCGGCGAAGGCCUGCAAGUGCGACGAUGGUAAUGGCUACCAGCUCCAGGGCGACGCGUGCGUCAAGGGACAGGCCAACGCGUGCCCGACGCUGGAAGGGGCCGGGUGCGAGACGUGCGACUUGAGCGGCGGGGAAACCUGUCUUACAUGCAAGGAUAAAGCGCAAUACGUCGCGGCCAACAAGAAGAGCUGCAAGGCCGCCUGCACUGCCCCGGAAGAGGUAAUAGACCCGGCUGCCGGCUCGGCGAAGGCCUGCAAGUGCGACGAUGGUAAUGGCUACCAGCUCCAGGGCGACGCGUGCGUCAAGGGACAGGCCAACGCGUGCCCGACGCUGGAAGGGGCCGGGUGCGAGACGUGCGACUUGAGCGGCGGGGAAACCUGUCUUACAUGCAAGGAUAAAGCGCAAUACGUCGCGGCCAACAAGAAGAGCUGCAAGGCCGCCUGCACUGCCCCGGAAGAGGUAAUAGACCCGGCUGCCGGCUCGGCGAAGGCCUGCAAGUGCGACGAUGGUAAUGGCUACCAGCUCCAGGGCGACGCGUGCGUCAAGGGACAGGCCAACGCGUGCCCGACGCUGGAAGGGGCCGGGUGCGAGACGUGCGACUUGAGCGGCGGGGAAACCUGUCUUACAUGCAAGGAUAAAGCGCAAUACGUCGCGGCCAACAAGAAGAGCUGCAAGGCCGCCUGCACUGCCCCGGAAGAGGUAAUAGACCCGGCUGCCGGCUCGGCGAAGGCCUGCAAGUGCGACGAUGGUAAUGGCUACCAGCUCCAGGGCGACGCGUGCGUCAAGGGACAGGCCAACGCGUGCCCGACGCUGGAAGGGGCCGGGUGCGAGACGUGCGACUUGAGCGGCGGGGAAACCUGUCUUACAUGCAAGGAUAAAGCGCAAUACGUCGCGGCCAACAAGAAGAGCUGCAAGGCCGCCUGCACUGCCCCGGAAGAGGUAAUAGACCCGGCUGCCGGCUCGGCGAAGGCCUGCAAGUGCGACGAUGGUAAUGGCUACCAGCUCCAGGGCGACGCGUGCGUCAAGGGACAGGCCAACGCGUGCCCGACGCUGGAAGGGGCCGGGUGCGAGACGUGCGACUUGAGCGGCGGGGAAACCUGUCUUACAUGCAAGGAUAAAGCGCAAUACGUCGCGGCCAACAAGAAGAGCUGCAAGGCCGCCUGCACUGCCCCGGAAGAGGUAAUAGACCCGGCUGCCGGCUCGGCGAAGGCCUGCAAGUGCGACGAUGGUAAUGGCUACCAGCUCCAGGGCGACGCGUGCGUCAAGGGACAGGCCAACGCGUGCCCGACGCUGGAAGGGGCCGGGUGCGAGACGUGCGACUUGAGCGGCGGGGAAACCUGUCUUACAUGCAAGGAUAAAGCGCAAUACGUCGCGGCCAACAAGAAGAGCUGCAAGGCCGCCUGCACUGCCCCGGAAGAGGUAAUAGACCCGGCUGCCGGCUCGGCGAAGGCCUGCAAGUGCGACGAUGGUAAUGGCUACCAGCUCCAGGGCGACGCGUGCGUCAAGGGACAGGCCAACGCGUGCCCGACGCUGGAAGGGGCCGGGUGCGAGACGUGCGACUUGAGCGGCGGGGAAACCUGUCUUACAUGCAAGGAUAAAGCGCAAUACGUCGCGGCCAACAAGAAGAGCUGCAAGGCCGCCUGCACUGCCCCGGAAGAGGUAAUAGACCCGGCUGCCGGCUCGGCGAAGGCCUGCAAGUGCGACGAUGGUAAUGGCUACCAGCUCCAGGGCGACGCGUGCGUCAAGGGACAGGCCAACGCGUGCCCGACGCUGGAAGGGGCCGGGUGCGAGACGUGCGACUUGAGCGGCGGGGAAACCUGUCUUACAUGCAAGGAUAAAGCGCAAUACGUCGCGGCCAACAAGAAGAGCUGCAAGGCCGCCUGCACUGCCCCGGAAGAGGUAAUAGACCCGGCUGCCGGCUCGGCGAAGGCCUGCAAGUGCGACGAUGGUAAUGGCUACCAGCUCCAGGGCGACGCGUGCGUCAAGGGACAGGCCAACGCGUGCCCGACGCUGGAAGGGGCCGGGUGCGAGACGUGCGACUUGAGCGGCGGGGAAACCUGUCUUACAUGCAAGGAUAAAGCGCAAUACGUCGCGGCCAACAAGAAGAGCUGCAAGGCCGCCUGCACUGCCCCGGAAGAGGUAAUAGACCCGGCUGCCGGCUCGGCGAAGGCCUGCAAGUGCGACGAUGGUAAUGGCUACCAGCUCCAGGGCGACGCGUGCGUCAAGGGACAGGCCAACGCGUGCCCGACGCUGGAAGGGGCCGGGUGCGAGACGUGCGACUUGAGCGGCGGGGAAACCUGUCUUACAUGCAAGGAUAAAGCGCAAUACGUCGCGGCCAACAAGAAGAGCUGCAAGGCCGCCUGCACUGCCCCGGAAGAGGUAAUAGACCCGGCUGCCGGCUCGGCGAAGGCCUGCAAGUGCGACGAUGGUAAUGGCUACCAGCUCCAGGGCGACGCGUGCGUCAAGGGACAGGCCAACGCGUGCCCGACGCUGGAAGGGGCCGGGUGCGAGACGUGCGACUUGAGCGGCGGGGAAACCUGUCUUACAUGCAAGGAUAAAGCGCAAUACGUCGCGGCCAACAAGAAGAGCUGCAAGGCCGCCUGCACUGCCCCGGAAGAGGUAAUAGACCCGGCUGCCGGCUCGGCGAAGGCCUGCAAGUGCGACGAUGGUAAUGGCUACCAGCUCCAGGGCGACGCGUGCGUCAAGGGACAGGCCAACGCGUGCCCGACGCUGGAAGGGGCCGGGUGCGAGACGUGCGACUUGAGCGGCGGGGAAACCUGUCUUACAUGCAAGGAUAAAGCGCAAUACGUCGCGGCCAACAAGAAGAGCUGCAAGGCCGCCUGCACUGCCCCGGAAGAGGUAAUAGACCCGGCUGCCGGCUCGGCGAAGGCCUGCAAGUGCGACGAUGGUAAUGGCUACCAGCUCCAGGGCGACGCGUGCGUCAAGGGACAGGCCAACGCGUGCCCGACGCUGGAAGGGGCCGGGUGCGAGACGUGCGACUUGAGCGGCGGGGAAACCUGUCUUACAUGCAAGGAUAAAGCGCAAUACGUCGCGGCCAACAAGAAGAGCUGCAAGGCCGCCUGCACUGCCCCGGAAGAGGUAAUAGACCCGGCUGCCGGCUCGGCGAAGGCCUGCAAGUGCGACGAUGGUAAUGGCUACCAGCUCCAGGGCGACGCGUGCGUCAAGGGACAGGCCAACGCGUGCCCGACGCUGGAAGGGGCCGGGUGCGAGACGUGCGACUUGAGCGGCGGGGAAACCUGUCUUACAUGCAAGGAUAAAGCGCAAUACGUCGCGGCCAACAAGAAGAGCUGCAAGGCCGCCUGCACUGCCCCGGAAGAGGUAAUAGACCCGGCUGCCGGCUCGGCGAAGGCCUGCAAGUGCGACGAUGGUAAUGGCUACCAGCUCCAGGGCGACGCGUGCGUCAAGGGACAGGCCAACGCGUGCCCGACGCUGGAAGGGGCCGGGUGCGAGACGUGCGACUUGAGCGGCGGGGAAACCUGUCUUACAUGCAAGGAUAAAGCGCAAUACGUCGCGGCCAACAAGAAGAGCUGCAAGGCCGCCUGCACUGCCCCGGAAGAGGUAAUAGACCCGGCUGCCGGCUCGGCGAAGGCCUGCAAGUGCGACGAUGGUAAUGGCUACCAGCUCCAGGGCGACGCGUGCGUCAAGGGACAGGCCAACGCGUGCCCGACGCUGGAAGGGGCCGGGUGCGAGACGUGCGACUUGAGCGGCGGGGAAACCUGUCUUACAUGCAAGGAUAAAGCGCAAUACGUCGCGGCCAACAAGAAGAGCUGCAAGGCCGCCUGCACUGCCCCGGAAGAGGUAAUAGACCCGGCUGCCGGCUCGGCGAAGGCCUGCAAGUGCGACGAUGGUAAUGGCUACCAGCUCCAGGGCGACGCGUGCGUGAUUCCCAACACAAACAAGAGUAGCGGCCUUUCUACAGGCGCCAUCGCAGGUAUCGCAGUGGCUGCUGUCAUCGUUGUAGGUGGUCUUGUUGGCUUCUUGUGUUGGUGGUUCCUCUGCCGCGGGAAGGCGUAG